GACAUUCCCGUUCUUCUUCAGGAUUCCCCAUUAGAUAGAUAGGCGGCUUCUGCUGCUGCCUCCACUCCGUUCCACUUUGCACACCACGUGCAACAAGUGUUCCGGUUUCCACCCAUUUCCAGUCAGCGAGUUUUUUUUGUUGCGAUCGCAGUAGCAGUAGAUGAAUGCAAUAAGAAGGAUGGCAUCAGCAGGACCAUUGAAAUGCAAGAUCGGCCCGUCCGUCCUCAACUCGGAUCUGUCUCAGCUCUACCAGGAGUCCCAGAGGCUGCUGGACAGCGGCGCCGACUAUUUACAUUUGGACGUAAUGGAUGGCCACUUCGUGCCUAACCUCACUUUCGGCCAUCCGAUCGUCAAAUGUUUACGCUCGAAAAUCAAGAACGCCUUCUUCGAAACCCACAUGAUGGUCUCCAAUCCUGAUCAGUGGAUUGAACCCAUGGCUGAUGCUGGUGUGAACCAGUACACCUUCCACAUUGAGCCGUGCACUGAAAUCAUGAAGACCUGCCGCAAGAUCAGGGAGGCUGGCAUGAAGGUUGGCCUAGCUCUGAAACCGGGCACCGGCAUAGAAGCUGUCAGACAAUACGUAGAUCAAGCUGACAUGAUCUUGAUCAUGACUGUGGAGCCAGGAUUCGGUGGACAAAAGUUCAUGGAAGACAUGAUGCCCAAAGUGCAAUGGCUCAGGCACAACUACCCACUCUUGGAUAUCGAGGUUGAUGGAGGUGUUGGCUUGAGCACAAUCAAUGCCUGCGCUGAUGCCGGUGCUAACAUGAUUGUGUCAGGAACUGCCAUAAUCAACGCCCCCUGCUCACGUUCUGUGAUCGCCAGCUUGAGGGAAACGGUGGAAAGCUCCAUCCACAAGUGCAACGUCUAAUUCUCAUCGUUCACAUCCAAAACAAAGCGAAAUGAAUAAGCAAACAUUGUGAUUGUUCUUUCCUACAUUAUAUUUUUUUAUGAUACGAAGAAAAAAUGAAAACCCACACUAAACAAAUAAUAACUGAUCAGCAAGUGGAGGAAAUAGUUAUAUGUAACUGAUGCCGUUUGUUCAAUCUCUCUCUAUCUCAGCGAGUAAUGUUUCUUAGCAGGUAGAAAAAAGACAAAAAGUUCUUUGCAAUAAUGUUGAUAUAUAUAUGAAAAAAGAAAA